AUACCGGGGAACCACGACUGGAUUGAUGGACUGGAGACCUUUACACGGGAGAUUCAGCACCAGGGCUGGCUGGGCGGCUGGCUGCUGCCGCAGGAAAAAAGUUACUUUGCUUUGCGGCUGCCGGCUGGCUGGUGGCUGUUCGGAUUCGACCUGGCUCUGGUCCAGGACAUCGACAUGCAGCAGUACCGCUACUUCGCCAACGUGGUCGAGCAGCGGAUGGGGCCCGAGGACCAGGUGAUCCUCAUGACGCACGAGCCGCUGUGGCUGCUGGAGUGGUUCUGGCGGCGACCGCACCUGGGUGCCAACCUGCGGCAGCUGGUGCGGGGGCACCUGCGGGGGCGGGCCCGGGUGCACCUGGCGGGGGACCUGCACUUCUACAUGAGGCACAGCUGGCGGUGGUCCCGUCACCCCCACGACCCGCAGCACCUGGUGGUGAACGGCGGCGGCGGGGCGUUCCUGCACCCCACACAUGUUUCCCCCGGUCCCCAGGGGGAGUAUGUGUGUGCGGCGUGUUACCCCUCCCCCCGCACGUCCCUGCAGCUGGGCCGCAAGAACCUGCAUGUGUUUCGAUUGAGGAACACACGGUUUGACGUCAUCGGCGGCGUGUUUUAUUUCUUGCUGGUGGUGUCCGUACUCCCCCGCUGCAGUCAUCUGGCGGAGGUCCUAGAGGCCGACUCGCCCGCCAAGGCGGUAUCCCUGAUGUGGAGUGCGUAUACGGACACGCUGGCGGCCAUUGCGGGCCGCAGCUACCUGUCCGCGGGGGCGCUGGUGGUGCUGCUGCUCCUCAGCCUGGGGCUGGCGCGGGGAGCGCACUGUGCGACGCACGUGACGUUCGCCAUCGUGCUGCUGUUGCUGCUUGAGCUGGGAGUUGAGACCUGCAUCAAGUACGAGCGUCUUGGCAAGGAUGGUCCCAACAGUCUGUACCGUUGGUACCGCGAGUACGAGGAGCAGCACUUCCCCGACCCAAUGGGUUUGCGGCAGCUCCUGCAGAGGUGCACACUCGGACUGUACCCCGGGGCGCUCCAGCUGGCCAUGGGCGUGUACGACGUCCCCGAGCUGAUCGCGGUGGCUCGUACGACCAUGUGUGAGGCAGGGGGCUCCCUGGAGUCCAUCAGCCGCCUUCAGGCUUUGUCGUACUACGCCGGCAUGUUGGCGUACUACUGGCUUCUGGCCACCCCCGCGGUGGGGUUCGUGUUUGGACUCUACCUCUACAUUUCAGUAUGUUGGUUCCAUGUACAUUACGAUGAGGCCUUCUCCAGCCUGCGGGAGGUCAGCUGCAAGUCCUUUUGCCGGCUGCACAUAGGGCCCUCGGGGGACCUGCAGCUGUACACGCUAGCGCUUGACGAGGUGCCGACGAGGUGGCAGGAGGACCCCCGAUGGCGCGGCCGCGGGGGGGGAGGCAAUCCGGGAGUGGUGGCGCACGAGGCGCACUACCCGAGUCGCUGGGUGCCCACCAGGGCGGAGGCGGGGCGAGACGCCGCGUCACCUAUCCGUCUUCCACAGCAUCCACCAACACCAAUGACCCCUCCAAUAUCACGGCCACCGCCAUCACGGCCACAAAAUGGAUUGCUACAACCGAGCAGCAGCGGCACUGGGGCAGCUCCGCAGCAGCAACCAAUCUCGCCAGCGUCCUCUUACGGCAACGGCACCGCCCCAAGGCGGCGAACGCGCCGUUGGCCGCAGCUGGUUCCCACCUGUUCCCCACAACAUAAAGUUUAA